UCGAAUAUAGAAAAAGAGGAGAGAGUUGUUAGAGAGCAGGUCCGCUUUGAAGGCAUGAAAUUGAUCUGUUGGACUGACUAGGAGGACUAGAAGCUGCGUCCCUGACCGUGAAUCUCGCCGUCGCAUCGUCGUCUCCCAAGAGUGAGCUGCCGUUAAAACCAGUAAUGGAUGACCGGGCUAUUCUCAAGGACUGGUUUGAUCGAGUCGAUUCCCAGAAAACCGGAAACAUCACCGCACCGCAGCUCAAGGGUGCUUUUGCCGUCGGGAAUCUUCACUUCCCUAUAUCUGUUGUACAACAAAUGAUAAGAAUGUAUGAUUUUGAUAGGAAUGGAACUAUGGGUUUUGAAGAGUUUCUUGAACUUAACAAGUUUCUUCUGAAGUUGCUUUGCUUGCAGGUCCAACAGGCAUUCUCAGGCUUGGAGAGGGGGCGUGGAUUUCUGAAUCCAGAUGAAGUGUAUGAGGGAUUGCUGAAAAUUGGGUUCUCUCUUGACUCUCCAGCAUUUUAUACCGUUUGUGAGAGCUUUGAUCAAACAAGAAGUGGCCAACUCAAGCUUGAUGAUUUUAUCUCUCUUUGCAUAUUUGUACAGUCAGCAAGGAACUUGUUCAACUCAUUUGACACAAGCAAGCAAGGGAGGGUGACACUUGAUUUCAACCAAUUUAUUUACUGCACUUCAAAUUGCAGAAUAUAAAGGAGUGCAACUGUGCAAGGCAGGCAUCAUUAUCAUAUUUGGGGGUGGCCAUGAACAGUGGGUAAAUUAUAAAGGUGCUUGGUUGUACUUGAGUUUGGAUGAACAGUGUGUGUAUUGCAGUCAGUCGUAGUAGUUGCUGCUGUUUUUAUUCUGGUCAACUCUGUGUCUUUUUCUUUUUGGCUGUUUCAUUUAAUAAUAUAUAUAUUUUUUCAUUUAAUAAUAUUUAGUAAAAUUGCUCGUA